GUUGUUAAAGUUUAUACAUUUUCUUUCCCCCUUUUCUUUUAUCUUCUUGAUUAUAACUUUUAGCCAAUUUUCAGCAAAACACAUUACAAGAGGCUGAGAAGGGUUGCCUCAGAUCCUGGGAACUCUUUGUAUAAUAUCUGAAGAAGGGUACUCUCCCUUUUAGGGUUUUCUUGUGAUUCUUGGGGCAUCACUUUUCUUUAAGUUAUUUUUCAUGAACCCCCUCCCCCUCUCUCUCUCCCCCCCAAGUCUUUCCUUUUUGUGUUUAAGGAUAAAGGGUUGGCCUUGAAUUUGAUCUAUUUUUGGUUGUGUGGAUGUUUAUGUUAUUUCUCUGUUUCUUGAUGUAUUAACUUUAUUCGGAAAAAAGAGGCAUAAUCAAAGGUGUAAAGUCACUAUUUUGGGUAGUAAUUUCCACAAAUGGAAGUUUGGAUCCAGUUGUAGUUGACCAGAUCUGACUGUAACCCAAUUCUCUUUCACUACCUUGUUUCACUCACCCAUAGGUUCAAAACCUGAACUUGACACCUCUUUGGACACCUUUGAGUUGAUUAAGGCAUGGUUAAUGAUAUGUUAAAACCCACCAUUCUUUGUUCCAUUGUCAUUAGUUUAGCUAAACAGUGAUUAGUAGUGUGGUAUUUGAAGGGGUUAAAGGGGAUUUUUGAUGGAGGUGUUGCCAUUUAGAUUAGGUAAUUCACUUUGUGAAAACUCAACCUUUUCUACUUGUGUGGACAUCAUAAUUCACAAGACUUAAGCUUUUAUUGCAACUGUGAUGGUAUGGAAACUGAAGUAAGUAGCAUGGAGUUGCCACUACCAGAAGAGGUAAUGGAAGAAGUUGAUAUGGUAACUAUUAUUAAAGAUAGUUGCAUUGCUAGUGCUGAUAUUAUAGCCCAAGAAAGUGAGGAAGACGAUUCUUUGUCUUUGGAAGGCGAUCGUGUUUGUGAUAUGGAUAGCUUGUGUUCGUUAUCUGUGGCAAGUGAGACUAGCAGCUUUUGUGGAGAGGAUUUCCUUGGUUUCGAUUCCACUUCUGGUGUAGACAUUGAGAAAAACAUAUGCGGUUUGGAUAUUAUUGCGAAAGUCGCCAAAUUUGUGGAGUCGAAUGUCGAAACAGGCAACAAAGAUCCUAUUGCUGUAGAGGUCAGCCUUGAGGAAGAGGUUGGAGAUGGGUCUGAAGUGAAACUAUCUGAAGGGGUUCUUCAAUUGGCUCUCCAAAAGGAAGAAACUACUAUGACAGUUCCGGUCCCGCGCAGUGUGUUCGAGGUGGAAUAUGUACCUCUUUGGGGAUAUACUUCUAUAUGUGGAAGGAGACCUGAGAUGGAAGAUGCAGUGGCUGCUGUGCCACGGUUCGUAAAGGUUCCAAUCGAAAUGCUAAUUGGUGAUAGGGUAUUCGAUGGCAUGAGCAAGGGCUUUGCUCAUCAGACUGCUCAUUUUUUCGGGGUCUAUGAUGGUCAUGGAGGUUCACAGGUUGCAAACUACUGUCGAGACCGGCUUCACUCUGCUUUGUCUGAGCAAAUAGAGUUUGCUAAAGAAUGUUGGAGCAAUGGAAACGCAACCCAUAGUUGCCACGAGCUGUGGAGAAAGGCAUUCACUAAUUGUUUCGUUAAAGUUGACGCUGAAGUCGAAGGACAAGCUGGUCAUGAACCUGUUGCCUCGGAAACAGUUGGUUCUACUGCUGUUGUUGCCCUUAUUUGUUCUUCUCAUAUCGUUGUAGCAAAUUGUGGAGAUUCAAGGGCAGUUCUAUGUCGUGGUAAAGAGCCCAUGGCUUUGUCCGUGGAUCAUAAACCAAAUCGAGAAGACGAAUAUGAAAGGAUCGAAGAAUCUGGAGGCAAGGUUAUUCAAUGGAAUGGACAUCGGGUUUUUGGUGUUCUUGCAAUGUCAAGGUCCAUUGGUGACAGAUAUUUGAAGCCCUGGAUCAUUCCAGAACCAGAAGUAAUGUUUGUCCCUAGAGUGAAAGAAGACGAAUGCCUCAUUUUAGCCAGUGACGGUCUAUGGGAUGUUAUGACAAACCAAGAAGCAUGCGACCUGGCUCGUAGACGAAUACUUCAAUGGUACAAAAAGAACGGUGCAACCCUGACUUCAGAAAGGGGGGAAACAAUCGAUCCUGCGGCUCAAGCAGCAGCCGAAUACCUUUCGAACCGAGCUCUCCAAAAAGGAAGCAAGGACAACAUCACAGUACUUGUGUUGGAUCUGAAAGCUCAAAGGAAAUUCAAGAGUAAGCCAUGAUUUAGUUUCUCCAACUUUGCCAUAUUGACAAAAUCCAUACGGUUUGAAUAUAGCUUUUCUCCAUUUGUAUGUACACUAUAGAACAUGAAGCACGCACCAUUGUAUUUCUGGUGCAUCUCCAUUGUUUUAAGUUCUGGGUAUUAUAAGUCAUUAGCCAUGCCGUAGGAAAUAGGCGAUUAUGUGGAUUUCCAUGCUUUCAGACAUCGUGGGAAAAUGUAUUCAUUGUGCCUCCGAGUUGAAAAAAUCACUCAGAGGCAUUUGUUUUGUAUUAUUUUCGACUCCAUGGUGCUUAUAAAAGUUAGCAAGUUCUGGUUCA